UUAAAACUAUCCUUAAAAUCCCAUUGAAUCCAUGUUUUGAUUUUAUUUUUAAUUAACGAGACCAAAACCGGAAGUGCUACAUUGGCUACCUUGACAACAGCGGGAGGUAACGACGAGCAGCUGCGGCAGAUGACAGCACGCGCGGCGGUGCGCUGGAACCAUAACUGAGUAGCGGACACCACAAAUGGCCUCGGAGCCCACGAAUUGAAGCAUGGGCUCCGUGGCACCGCAGCCAUGGCUAGAUCCACCAACAGAAGCGCCGAGGACGGGGACUCACGUGUAACGGCCCCCACGGAACGCGGAGAGACGCGGGACCUGGCCGAGCCCCGGGAGCUGUCUCUGGAGGAGGUGCUGAAGUCCUACGAGCAGCCCAUCAACGAGGAGCAGGCAUGGGCGGUGUGCUACCAGUGCUGCAGCGGGCUCAGAGUGCCCCGCCCGCCGGCGGGAAGGGCCGGCCGGGUGAAGGACCCGUCCUCCAUCCUCCUCCAGCGGGACGGGACGGUGUCGUUACGGCCGGAGCCCCCAUGCGACGAUGGUGCUGACGGGCCUCCUGAUCCUCCCAAUGCAGAGCGUCAGCUGGUCCAGUCGCUCGGCGUGGCCAUCUACCGCGCUCUGGACUGGGGCCUGGAUGACAGCGAGGAGAGGGAGCUCAGCCCGCAGCUGGAGCGCCUCAUCGAGCGCAUGGCCGGCGGGGACCAGGCCGGAGAGGUCCACAGAACCACCGGGAGCAGCACCACGGAUGAAGGCUACAGCGGGCAGGAGGAGGAAGAGGAGGAAGACGAGGAGCAGGGCAAAGCCAUAAGGCCGGUGUGCACGUUUCGCCAGGUGAUGGUGCUGUGUGCAUCUCGCCUGGCCAACCCAAGUCUGGCGCCUGAGCACUACCAGGCCGUCUGCCGGGCUCUGUUUGUGGAGACUAUGGAGCUUCAGACCUUCCUCAUCAAGAUAAGAGAUGCAAAGGAGAUGCUGAAGAAGAUAUCCACAGAAGAGGCUCCAGAAGACAGAUCCACGGCCGAACUGGACACGCUCAAACACAAAGACUGGGCUCGCCUGUGGGUGCAGCUGAUGAAGGAUCUCAGGCAGGGGGUGAAGCUAAAGAAGGUGCAGGAGCAGCCGUUUAACCCACUGCCCACCGAGUUCAGCCUCACCCCGUUCGAGAUGCUGAUGCAGGACAUCAAAGCCCGCAAGUUCCAGCUGCGCAAAGUCAUGGUGGAUGGGGACAUUCCCACCAGAGUGAAGAGAAAUGCCCAUGAACUGAUCCUGGAUUUCAUCCGAUCGAGACCCCCACUUAAACCAGUUUCAGAGCGCAGCCUCCCCCCUCCCCCCCCACAGCAGCAGUGCCUCCAUGACCGGGUCUUGGCAGGAAUCAAACAGGAGAGGAAGCUGAGGCCCGUGGUCCCGGACAGCAGCAGAGCGUUUGGCUCUCUGCCCUGUCUGGCUCAGACCUGCCCUUGCAGUGUCAAAUCUACGUCAUGCAUCGACCUGUCCGUGUCGGAGCUCGGGCCCCGGCCGCCAUCCCGCCCUCGCAUCCUGCUCAAGGCCCCAACGCUGGCCGAGAUGGAGGAGAUGAACACAUCAGAGGAGGAAGAGUCCUCAGACAGCGGCGAGCUGAGGAGGGCAGAGAGCUCCCCCACACCUCUGAAGAGGGACCGGUCCUUCUCUGAGCACGACCUGGCCCUGCUCCGCGGGGAGAUGCUUCCCUCUCUGUCGGAGUCGGCCCAGCUGGGCGACGCGGUCAGACUGCGGGAUGUGAGGCCUCGCUCCAGGACGCUGACGGGCACCGGGCCGCCUCCUCUGUACAGAGCCUCUUUCCCAGUUCACGGCUGGGUGCCGCCCUCUCCCGCUCGGCUGUCUCUGAGUUCGGUUGAUGAGGCCACAGAGGGACCAGAGACGACUUCAGGCUCCAGGCAUGAAGACAAGCACCAGUGGAUGGAGGAGUUCAGCCACCCUGUGGAGAGUCUGGCUUUGACGGUGGACGAGGUCAUCAAUGUGCGGCGAGUGCUGGUCAAAGCGGAGAUGGAGAAGUUUCUUCAGAACAAAGAGCUCUACAACAACUUGAAGAGAGGAAAGGUCUGCUGCUGCUGCAGAGUCAAAUUUCCCCUCUUCUCCUGGCCCUCUACCUGCUUACUGUGCAAAAGGUCAGUCUGUGGGGCCUGCAGUGCAAAGAUGAAGAUCCCCUCCAAGAAGAUGGCCCAUAUUCCUGUGUACACUGUGGGCUUCCACAGCACUCCAAAGAGCCAUGGACACAAAAGUCAAGUGUAUAAGUCCCUGCGCAGUUUGUCCCGCCGCUCGGUGGAGGAGGAGUUCCCCCACCUGUACGCCCACGGCUGCACGCUGCGCGACGUCUGCGCCGAGUGCACCAAGUUCGUGGCCGACGUGAUUUCCUCCAGCCGCCGGAGCCUGGACAUCCUCAACAACACCCCCAAGAGGGAGGCCCGAGCGGCGGCCGGCGCCCAGAGACCCCAGCUGCAGCGCCAGUCCCACCUGGAGGCGUUCCCCCACCCACAGCCUCGCGCCCCCCCGCCGCCCGGCGCCGCGAACCACUGAGCAGAUCAACAGACACUGAGCACACCGUGCGCACAUCCACAGAGGAACUCUGGUUCUGUGGGGGUUCUGCCGGGUCCUGGCCCGGCUCACAGAGACAAGCCGAUUCAGUUAAACACUAAUGAAACAUAUAAUCCAGUGAGGUGCUUUAGAUUCUUUAAAAAAAAAAGCUGGGUUGGAGCAUUAAAUGCAUCAUUUAAUGGUUGUUAUGACAUGUUUGAACGUAGGAGAAAUUUUUCUGGAGCGGCAUCGAAGCUUUUGUAGCGGAUUCUGCUGAUUCUGAACCACGUCUGCUUCUUCACGUAGCUGCAUCGUCCUCCUCAUCACACCCCCUCCUCACUCACACACACACACGCACACACACCUGCACGAUUCACUGAGUGGGGUUUUACUGAGACGAGCCCUCUGUGUGGUCAGCAGUGGAGGCUGAGGGUGUCCGUGAGGGCGGAGCGGGGCUGGGUGGGCGGUGAGGCUGUGCAGCACAGCAUGAGCAUUUCAGCUCUGUGGGAUCGCCUUGUUUUUGUCAUGAAUGUAUCUUAGAUCAAACUAAAAGCUUGCACGCAGCAAAGCAUUGUUUAUUUUUACCCGCCCAAAGAGGGAUUUGUAACAAACGGCUGCUGCUGCUGCUGCUGCUACCGAGGCCUCUUUUGCAAAGCUUGUGUAGUCCAGACGGAGGUUUGAUGGCAGCGACACUGUGAAUGUAACCGGGUGAAGCUGCACCUUUUAACCCACGCAGCAUGAAGAGCGAGCAGACCAAACCCCCGCCUCUCACACUCCCCGCGGACGCUUGCAAUCUGCCCUGGUUUUUUGUAGACAUGAAGCAAACCUCAGCUGCAAUAAAAUCUAACAACAAACGCAACGCUGGAUCUUUGAGUUUUAAUGUUUGUUUUGUUUAGACAUUGAGCCUCAGGAAAACAUAAGUAAGUCAGAUGUGAGGCCGUCGGUCCCACAGCUGAUGCUGGGCUGAAACUGGACCACCAACAGGACAAAGACCCCAAAUCCACAACAGAGAGUCUGAAAAAGACCAGAAUCCAGGAGCUGAAGGGUCCAGCCAGAGACCAGACCUCCGCCUGACUGAAUGCUGUGAAGACCUUCAGAGAGCUGAAGCAACGAUGGAGAGAAAAGAGGGACCAAACUCCUCCAGAGACUGACAACGACACCCAAAAAUCGACUUACUGCUGAUUUAGGAGCUUCUACCAGCUGCUGGACC